AAAACUCUUUGUUUGAACUUGAUUAGUUUUUGUAUCUGUUCGCUCGUCUACGCGUGUUUGGACAUCUUCACAAGGAUAGUUAUCUCACACUCUGCGAUUUUCUAAAAGAUUUCUCGCGUGAUUGAAAACAAAAGUUUUUAAGUAGAUUAAAGUUUCGUUCACAAGAUUAAAUGGGAGGUCUCGCUAUUUUACUGAUGAUUGCCACGACUAUUGGUCCAUCAUAUGGAGAGAAGGAAAUAAAACCGAUCAAAUUUGAGAUAGAUGUUGUACCAGGUCUAGUAAACUUAUAUAGUGCUGCAAAACGUCAACUGUCAGGCAAAAAUGUCAUGGAAAUGAUAAGUGACAGCCAUUUGGCACAGUAUAUUCUUCGACAGGCGUUGUCGUAUACAUUCAACAAUCAAGAGGAUGAAGAGUUAACUCGACGAGCUCAAUGGAGGUCCAAUUUGUUGUCCUCACUCGGUAACGGACUGACUAAUGAAAUGGACGGAAAAAGCCUCUAUAGUGGUCGCAUGAAGAUGCUGAAGAGGCUCGACAGACAUAGAAAAGAACAAAUCAUCGCUCGCAAUAAUUUACGAAUUAGUCACCCGUAUAUUGACUAACUUCUCUUGAUUUUCGAUUCAAUGUUGAAUAAAUGCGUGUUAAAAGUG